CGCGCAGUACAGUUGAUUAUAUUGAUUCGCAAUUUCGUCUCAAUAAUUUUAGGAUUUAUCAUUCAUAUUCGUAGAACGGUGCAAACUAUCCAGACACCAAACAUUUGGAAAAUAUCUGUACAUAAGUUAUAAAACAUUAAUUCUUACGACAGACAUUAGCAAGAUGAGUGAAUUGAUGGUUUAUAUAAAUGACGGCGCGUGUCAUCGUUACGUUUCCAAUGCAUUCAAUAUACAGAAACGGAAGUUGGACAGUGGAUUCUUCUAUCCUGGCCAUGUCAUCCAACAUUGGGGCAAACCGAAAGAAGCGGAAAUAGAUUUUUACUCUAGGGGUCGGAGGCGUGUUCACCGGAACAACGUUAUUGCCAUUGGCGGAGCUGUGUCCUGCCCGCCACUGCAUGUUUGGGACUACGUUUUGACGGGGAUGGGAGAGAUGGAACCAAGCGGUAUGUAUAUGCAGUAUAUGCCUGGCCGAGUCUGCUGCGUGCCUCGUCUUCCGCACCACGAACACAAUUGCUACUCCGUUAGACUUUACAAUGGCAAAGUUGUGAAGAAGAAGCGGAAAUUGUUGGUAAAGAUCGGCAAGUCCCGCUACCGUGGAAUACUUAGCGGUAUUGGACUGGACGGUUGCCUGCGGGAAAGGUGCCAAAAAGAUAAAUCGAUGGAUUUCCUAAAUGAUGAUGAUGAUGAUGAUGAUGAUGAUGAUGAUGAUGAUGAUGAUGAUGAUGACGAUGAUGACGACGAUGAAGACGAUUGCGGCAAAAAAGAUAACGAUGACAGCGAUGAUUGUGACAGUGAUUCUAAAAAGAAAAACAAAAAAGAACGAAAGAAAAAAGAAGCGGAUAAAGACAGAAGCAGAAAAAAGAAUAAGGAAAGAAGACAAAGAUCCAAGGAAAAAGAAAAGAAAAGCCACGGGGCGAAGAAAGAUGAAAGUUUAGUCCGGCAGGAGGACCUCACUAAAAUUGAGAAGGCUAUUCAGACAGUCAGCACAAUAAUUGAAGAAACUGGAACCAAAAUUGAAAAUAAGAUGCAGAUAAUAGGUGCCCAAAUGGAUAGCAAAACAUGUCAAACAAACGUUGAAAACAUAAACACAACAAUCACAUUAGUUGGUAAGGAUAUAAAAGAGGCAGUAGAAGAGACCAGUAGGAAGAUUUCAGAAGGAACUCGUACUACCGCCGACAAAAUUGACGAGCUUAAGGAACACAUCAAUCAAAUCAAAAUUACAAAAGACAGUCCUAUCACGUCGCCUGCUACAUCUCAAACACCCGUCCCUAAACGCAAAUCGGAAGAAGAAGAAGAUGAUGAUGAUGAUGAUGAUGAUGAUGAUGAUGAUGAUGAUGAUGAUGAUGAUGAUGAUGAUGAUGGUGAUGAUGAUGAUGAUGAUGAUGAUGAUGAUGAUGAUGAUGAAGAUAAAGAAGAUGAAGUUGAUGAAAAGGAAGAAGAAGAAGACAUAAGUAAAGGGCCGGAGGUCUUGGCACGAUGGUCAGAUGACGGAUGGUAUUAUUUUGGGCUGAUAGAAAGUAAGGGAAAAAGUAAGGGAAAAAGUAAGAGGAAAAGUAAGGGAAAAGGCAAGGAUGAAAGUAAAGAUAAGGGUAAGGAAGAUUGUAGGGGGGAAAGAACAGAAGAUACAAUAUGUUGGAAGGUAAGGGACAGCACCGGUCACACCGAAUACAUACAGCUGAGGAACAUACUAACGGAAGAGGAACGAAGACAGCAAAUAAUUCAGAAGGAUGAUCAUGUUAUUGCUCCACAUCCUGACUACUACUGCAGUUAUGCUCCGGGACAUGUUAUACAAGUGUUCACAAAAAGCGUAAAUGUGGUUUUCUUUGAUGAUCGUCACGAGCGAAUUAAAAUUAAAGACGUAUACAAAAUUUCGCAAGAGCAAUAUCACGACGACGUUAUUACAAUUAAACAAUGCGAAGAGAAAUUAAAGAAGGCAAACGCCAUUAUGUUAGAUAAUACGACUGGGAAAUAUAUUCCAGUGACUGUGCGGGCUCCAACAGGGCAGCAAUGGUUCAAGAUAUUCGACCAAAAAAUGAAACAGAGGGGCAACCACAUAUUCCCAAAUGAUCUAUUACCUGACAGUGAUCAUCUGAACUGGAAGUACGCUCUUGCUCCUGUGAAAGGUCACAAAGGCAUAUAUAUGCCCGCAAAGAUACGAAAGACCGUAGAGCGGUAUUUCAUCGUCCAAUUUUCAGGCCUGGUUUAUGGAAUGUUUGGCAUGUUAUUUCCCUGCAGUACAUGCUGCUGGGCUCGGACCAAAGUUUGGGUGGAGAAGAGCGAUUGUUUUUAUCUCAGCAAGAUGUACUACGACUUUGCUGUUAAUUUUUUACCAGCACAAAAUAAAACAAAGUAACAGUGCUCGAUAAAAUCACAAACAGCUAGCAAAUGACGGUAACUUUACGUACUUUACGCAAAUGGACUCAAUGGAAUCACUGAGGCGGAUCUAAGGACAAGCGUAAGAAUGAUAUUGAAUAUGGCCUCAGUAGUCGGCAAAGAGACGGAUUCCAUUACCUCUGAUUUACAUUCAAACGUUAUCACAAUAUGCAUCAUUCACUUUAUUGAUACCGCAUUGAUUGCGCUGUCUGUUUGAUGUAUUGUAAACUUUUUUUCUGUAUUGUUUGGGAAUUACUGCUUACUCAUAUAUCAUAAUAUACUCAUUAUACUUACUCAUAAGUUACACUUACGCUUACUCAUAAUAUAUAUAUAUAUAUAUUAUGACUCUUACUUGUUACUUUUUGUUUACUUACGUCACAUUCGGACAAUAAAAGUUAAAAACAA